AGAGAUUGGUGAAAGUGUGAGAGGAGAAGAUGUGUAUAUCAUCCAGAGUGGCUGUGGAGAAAUAAAUGACAACUUAAUGGAACUGCUCAUCAUGAUCAAUGCUUGCAAGAUUGCAUCAUCCUCCAGAGUGACUGCUGUAAUUCCAUGUUUUCCAUAUGCCAGGCAAGAUAAGAAAGACAAGAAGGGGUCCAUGGAGCGUUGGAGUCGUGCUCCAAUCUCUGCAAAACUUGUUGCCAACAUGCUGUCAGUUGCAGGGGCUGACCACAUCAUCACCAUGGACUUGCAUGCUUCUCAGAUCCAGGGUUUCUUUGACAUUCCAGUAGAUAACCUGUAUGCAGAACCUGCAGUGCUGCAGUGGAUUAAAGAGAACAUUUUGGAGUGGAGAAACUGUAUCAUAGUCUCACCUGAUGCAGGUGGUGCAAAAAGGGUUACUUCAAUUGCUGACAGACUGAAUGUGGAAUUUGCUCUCAUUCAUAAGGAAAGAAAGAAGGCAAAUGAAGUGGACAGAAUGGUCUUGGUUGGUGACGUGAAAGACAGAGUAGCAAUUCUUGUCGAUGAUAUGGCUGACACAUGUGGCACAAUAUGUCAUGCAGCAGACAAGUUAGUAUCUGCUGGAGCUACUAAAGUUUAUGCCAUUCUUACUCAUGGCAUCUUUUCUGGUCCUGCUAUUUCUCGGAUUAAUAAUGCAUCAUUUGAGGCUGUUGUGGUAACUAAUACAAUCCCCCAAGAAGAGAAAAUGAAACACUGCCCAAAAAUUCAGUUUAUUGACAUUUCCAUGAUCCUGGCUGAGGCAAUUCGAAGAACACACAACGGUGAAUCUGUGUCUUACUUGUUCAGUCACGUCCCCUUGUAACUGCGGGAGGUUACAUUGCAUCUUUGCAAAGGUCCCUUCAGCUAGCACUGUUUUUUUAACAAUGCAUCUCAACCACAAGAAAUGAGUAUCUUUGUACAAUUCCAGAGCUUGUAUGUUUAAUUAUUAUAUUUGUCUUGUAAUUACCAUUUGUUCUUUGUAAAUGGGCAAUAAAUCUCCGUCUUGCAGAAA